AUGCUGUCUGGCGUCAACGGUGGUCCACAGGGCCUCUCCCAUGCGCAUAUCCCUGCCUAUCUCGUCGACGUUGCGCCCAGCAGUGAGCACGCGUCUGAACUCGACGCAGACGCGGACGAUGUCGACGAGCCGAUGAACUAUACGCCCUCUCCACUACCCCCCGUCGUCUCCAGAGGCGAGAAAAUUGACUACCAGGCCCUCGAUCCUGUCCUCUAUGGUCUCCGCCGCUCGAACUCUCCACUCGAAGAAAGCUCAGAUGAAGCGGAUAACGAAGACGAAGAUGGCGACUACCACCAGGACAAGUCGGCCAAACGCAAACGCAGCAGUGGCAAUCGUCGCAAGGAAUCCACUCCAGCCACCGACUCUGACUCUGCCUCUGAUUUCGAGAGUGAGACGCCGGCCAAGAAGAAGAAGAAGAGAUUCCACGACAGCAAUGGGAUGGACGACUUUCGUUUCACGUCUCGAGGUGGAAAACUCCCCAAUUAUUACGAAAAUGACGACGACGCAUCCAUGGACGAGGACAGUGACACGGCCGGAGACGACAUGGCCGUAGAAUCGGCGCAGCCCACGGAACAAGUUCACGAGAUUGAAAUGGUACUCGACCAUCAUCGUGAUGAUGAGCGAAAGCACGAUCCCGUCGACAAUUUCCAGUCAAACAUGCGCUUCCACAUUAAAUGGAAAGGCUACUCGCAUCUUCACAAUACCGACGAGCUUUAUGACUUUCUCAAGCAAUACAAGGGCAUCAAGCGCGUGGACAAUUACAUCAAAGCCCAGCAGGCAAUGCUCCGCGAGGUGAACAUGGGCGACCUCGAAGAAGUCGAGAGCUACAAAAUCUACCGCGAGCGACAAAAAGAAGCACUUGAAAAGCUCAAGGUUGUCGAACGUGUCAUCGCCGAGCGCACCCGACCAGACGAAAUCGAUAGCUCAAAGCAAGUACCAGAAUACUUUUGCAAGUGGUACAACCAAGGAUAUGAUGCCGCCACGUGGGAGAAGCUCGACGACAUUAAAAGUAUCGCUCGCGAGCAGAUUGAGAGCUUCCGCAAACGCGAAACCAACGAGCUCUAUCCCUACCGCUCACGCAACUAUCCAGUGCACGGUCGACCGAAAUGGACAAAAAUCACACAGGAUCCGGACUAUAUUGCCAGGACGGGCGGCGAGCUGAAGGAUUUCCAGCUCACCGGUCUCAACUGGCUUGCUUUCCUCUGGCAUCACGGUGACAAUGGCGUACUUGCAGACGAAAUGGGUCUAGGAAAGACGGUUCAAACCGUUGCAUUCCUCAGCUACCUCUUCCAUGCGCAGCAGCAGUAUGGUCCAUUCCUCGUCGUCGUCCCGCUCAGUACCAUCACCGCAUGGCAAUCCCAGUUUGCAUACUGGGCUCCCGAUCUCAAUGUCGUCUGUUACAUGGGUAGCGCCCCUGCUCGUGAAGUCAUUCGCGAAUACGAGUUUGGAGCAAAUUUUCCGAAGCGAAUCAAGGCCAACGUCGUGCUGACCACGUACGAAAUGGUCCUCAAGGACGCGGUGGAGAUGCAGGCGAUUAGAUGGCAGUGCAUUGCGGUCGAUGAGGCGCAUCGACUCAAAAACUCGGAGAGCCAGCUCUACCAAGCCUUGACCGGUUGUUCGGCAGCAAGCAAGCUACUCAUCACGGGCACCCCGCUUCAAAACAAUGUCAAGGAACUAUUGGCACUGAUGCACUUCCUCAUGCCGGACAAGUUUUCGCUUGCGUCCAACUUUGAGCUUAACGACCCCGAUCAAGAGAGCAAGAUCAAGGAGCUGCACAAAGACUUGGAAAAGUAUAUGCUUCGCCGAAUGAAGGCCGAGGUCAUCAAGAGUUUGCCGACCAAAACGGAGCGAAUCCUUCGUGUCGAGUUGUCGGCAACCCAAGCAAAUCUGUACAAGAAUAUUCUUACCAGGAAUUUUGCGGCUCUCGCCAAGGGCGGAACUACAAAUAUCUCUUUAUUGAACAUUGCCAUGGAGUGUAAAAAGGCUGCAAAUCACCCAUUCCUCUUCGAAGGCGUGGAACAACCCGCAGAAAACAAGGAAGAGGCGUUCAAGAACCUGUUGAUGAGCAGCGGCAAACUUGUCCUUCUUGACAAACUUUUGGCUCGACUCAAGGCAGACGGCCAUCGCGUCCUAAUUUUCAGCCAAAUGGUUCGAAUGCUCAACAUCCUCUCAGACUACAUGGCUCUGCGAGGCUACAUCUUCCAACGCCUUGAUGGAAAUGUCUCUUCGGAUAUGCGCAAAAAGUCGAUUGAGCAUUUCAACGCGCCUGGAAGUCCCGAUUUUGCUUUCCUUCUCAGUACUCGUGCGGGCGGGCUGGGUAUCAAUUUGGAGACGGCUGAUACUGUCAUCAUUUACGAUAGCGACUGGAAUCCCCAAAACGAUUUGCAGGCCAUGGCGCGAGCACAUCGUAUUGGGCAAAAGGCGCACGUCAACGUGUAUCGACUCGUGUCCAAAGAUACGAUGGAAGAGGACAUCCUCGAGCGAGCCAAGAAAAAGAUGGUCUUGGAAUAUGCAAUCAUCAACCAAAUGGAUACCUCGCAUAAUCAUUUGAGUGGAUCCAAGACGCAAAAGGCAGAGAAACCCUCCAACCAAGAGCUCAGCGCUAUUCUUAAAUAUGGUGCUCAAAACAUGUUCAAGCAGGAUGACAAGGAGCUCAACAAGCGUCUGGACGAGCUAGAUCUCGACGAUAUCCUCAGUCGCGCAGAGAAGCACGACACUGUGGCAACGGACCCAGCCGGCUCAUCUCUCGGUGGCGAAAGCUUCCUUCAGCAAUUUGCCGAAGUGACGGAUGUCAAGAACGAUAUCAACUGGGACGAGAUUAUUCCACUCGAGGAACGAGAGCGAGUUGCAAUCGAAGACGAGCAAAGGGCUGCUCUCGAGUAUGCGGCUCAGCAAGCUCAAGGGCGAAAGCGCGCUGCAGCAGCCAUCUCCUACGAAGGCAUGGACAUCAUGGAUCCCUCGGUCGCAACUGCAGGAGAUAAGAAGAAGCCCCAAAAGCAGGCGCAAGCACCGAGUCAAGCGCGCAAGUCCGCCGGCGCAAAAGCGAUGGAACUCAAAGACCGUGAUAUUCGCGUGCUUGCGAGAUCUUUGCAGCGAUGGGGAGAUAUUCGAAGACGCUAUGAUGUUAUCGUUCGAGACGCCAGGCUAGAGAAUAAGAACCAGGCAGUCAUCUACGAUACCGCAGACGCGUUGGUAGAAGAAUGCGAAGCUGCCGUCAAAGAGCAUAAGGAUGAUGUUCGGGACCGUAUUGCUAGGGGUCAGACAUUGACACCGGCCCAGAAGAGCAAGGCGAUCCUUGUCAACUUCCGUGGUGUGAGUGGGCUCAACGCAGAGACGAUAGUCUCUCGCGUGCAUGAACUCACCGUGCUUUGUGAUCAUUUGGAGAGACUCGACGACAAGUACUCGUGGGUCAUGCCCGUCGAGAACAUUCGACCUACGCUCAACUGGACGAGCAAAUGGGGACCCCAUGAAGAUGCAAUGCUUCUGGUCGGUGCAUACCUUCAUGGCUUUGGCAACUGGGAGCAAAUGAUCGGCGAUCCUAAACUCGGAUUGGCCGACAAGGUCUUUUUGGAAGAAGGAAAAAAGACCACGGAUGAUGGUGGUGGUACUGGUGGUGGUGGUGGUGGCUCGAAUACCAGCAAACCAAUUCCCAAUGCUAUCCAUCUCGUUCGCCGUGGAGACUAUCUGCUGGGCUUACUUCGUGAGCAGCAGGAGAAGAUUCGCGAGUAUGAACAGUCUCUCAAGCGUACGAGCUCUGCAAAGUCUCAUUCGCAUACUCCGGCGCCUGCAUCCGCCAAUGGCUCCAUCAAACGCAGUCGCGAGGAUCGAGAAGAAGCUGGAUCGGCAAAGAAGAAGAAGCGACCAACGACUCCUACGUUUACCGACUCGGAGGACGACUAUCCCGAGUCGAUGGACGAGGCGGUUGUCAAAGAGGAGCUUCGACCGGUCAAGACAUACCUCAAGCUGAUCAAGGACACGAAGCAACAGUCGAGAGACGAAAAGGUCCAAGUUCUCAAGACAUCGCUGAGUGCCAUUGGAGAACGCAUUGAUGAAGUUGUGAAGCACCGAGUUGCGAAUGGCGAGAGUGAGGAGCGGUGGCGCAGGCAUCUCUGGUGCUUUGUGACACUUUUCUGGCCACUCAAGGUUCAACAUACAAAAUUACAGGCGAUUCACGCCAAGCUGGUCAAGUCGAAUGCGUCCAGCGGCGCGCCCAAUUCCACCAAUUCUCCUGCUGCAGUCCGACGAUAA